UCAGUGCCUCAUGAGCCAUUUCCCUUAGCAGCAUCACAGGGUUGAAAGAUUCUGGAAAACUUGCCCGGCUCCAUUCUGGAUCCCUGAGGGAUCCCACAGAAUGGCUGUCAGUGGCAGGAAGGAGCAUUUAGCUGUCCAUCUUCCUUCCGUGUGCAAUUCCAGUGUGCGCUUCCGUGUGCUCUGUGCAGGCACGGAGAAGAGCAGAGAGGGAAGGGGCCGGGCCCAGGGCUGUGCCCCGGGGCUGUGCCUUUUGCAGCUCCUUUGCUGGCCCCGGGGUGCCUGAGCUGCUCCUGCUGCUGCUGCCAAGCCCUGGCCCUGCCUGGGGCUGGGUUUAGAGCUGCUGGCAGCUCCAGGGAAUCCUUUCUCCCCCGUGGACGGCCCUGCAAGGGGCUCCUUCCAUGCCAGUGUGGGGCCACCGCAGGCACGUGGUCCCCCUGGCCCUGCUCCUGAGUGGAAGGCAGAGCUGAGGGAGUGCCUUGGAGGGCACCAAUCACCCAGGGGCACUCACUGCCACUCUGGCCUGAAGGGGACAUGGAACAACUUUCUGUUAAGGUCCUCCUCCAUGGAAGAACUCAGACACAGGAUACAAGAAAUCCCUGGAGGCAGCCAGACACCUGGACCAGAUGCUGAGUGAUCUGGAGAGACGCCGUGAGAUGAACCGAAAGGCUGUGCUGAAGGCAGCAUUUCCCAGAGGAAGCAGUGGCCCAUUGGCAGCCCCUGCUGCAGGAAGGGAGGCGAUGCCAGGCACAGUCACAGGAGCUUGGGAUGGCGACAUGGCUUAUCGGGAUGCCCUAUUGGAUGACAGCUUGGAGAAUUCUCUUGGAGAGAUUCUCUUGGAGAAUGCUGGAGGUCCUUCUCCAUGGAAGAACUCAGACACUGGGGACAAGAAAUCCCUGGAGGCAGCCAGACACCUGGACCAGAUGCUGAGUGAUCUGGAGAGACGCCGUGAGAUGAACCGAAAGGCUGUGCUGAAGGCAGCAUUUCCUGGAGGAAGCAGUGGCCCAUUGGCAGCCCCUGCUGCAGGAAGGGAGGCGAUGCCAGGCACAGUCACAGGAGCUUGGGAUGGCGACAUGGCUUAUCUGGAUGCCCUACUGGAUGACAGCUUGGAGAAUUCUCUUGGAGAGAUUCUCUUGGAGAAUGCUGGAGGUCCUUCUCCAUGGAAGAACUCAGACACUGGGGACAAGAAAUCCCUGGAGGCAGCCAGACACCUGGACCAGAUGCUGAGUGAUCUGGAGAGACGCCGUGAGAUGAACCGAAAGGCUGUGCUGAAGGCAGCAUUUCCCGGAGGAAGCAGUGGCCCAUUGGCAGCCCCUGCUGCAGGAAGUGAGGCGAUGCCAGGCACAGUCACAGGAGAUGAGAGUGCUGGGAUGGCUUCUCCAGCAGCUGGGAUGGAAGAUGGUUUGGAACCCUUGGGAGCUUCUGCAGGUGUGUCUGCAGGGAGGACUUUUCAGGCUCCUUUCCUGGUUGCUGUGCACAAGCCCAGCUCCCAUCGCAGGGGUCCGCCGAGAGGGAGGAACAGAUCUACUAAACACAUGAAGUCCCUGGAGGCAGCCAGACAUCUGGACCAGAUGCUGAGUGAUCUGGAGAGACGCCGUGCUCAAGAAAGAAAUCAGAUAAUGAAGGAAUUUUUGCACAAAGAUAACAAUUACAGAAACCCCUAAAUUUUCCAGAGGAGAGGAAUUUAUGGCUUUCCUUAUCAACAGAAACGAACUUCUUCAAGCCUGACUUAGACUCGAAGAUGCCUGGGGAUUAACAGAAUCUUCUUGACAAGUACCAGACGAAUUUAUUGUUUUAAAUAAAAUAUAUGCAUAAUCAUGAA